AUGAUCGAGCAGAUUGUAUCAGGUGGACAAACAGGAAUAGAUCGUGCUGCAUUGGACAUUGCAAUUGAACUGAAAAUUUCACACGGUGGAUGGUGUCCCAGAGGUCGAAAAGCCGAGGAUGGAAUUAUUCCACGAUACUAUCAACUACGAGAAACGGGUUCUGAUAAUUAUAGUGAGCGAACAAAAUUAAAUAUAAAGGACUCUGAUGGCACAUUGAUCCUUAUUUCUGGCUCUGUUCCAGUUACUAAUGGCACUAUGUUAACUAUUCAGGAAGCUAAAUUUAGGGAAAAACCACACUUGGUUGUUGACUUAUCUAAAGAAUUUGACGUUAACCUUUUGAGUAGAUGGAUAAAGGAGAAUAAUGUUAAAGUACUUAAUAUAGCGGGACCACGCGAAUCUUCGAGUCCAGGCAUAUAUCAAUUAGGCAUCCAGUUUCUUAAAAACUCUCUGUCUCCUCUGGUUAAUUAA